AGAAUGAAUAGUAAAUGCGCACACACAUAUACAAUGGAAAUAUAAAACUAUGUCGCUGCAUCGCGGACGUUUGUGUUGUUGAUGACGGAAGAGAUUCGGGAGUGUUUUGUAAAUAUCUGGUGUCAGAAAUGUUACAUUCAGUAAAUCACUCGACACGCGCUACUCGUGUAGUUGACGCCAGAACGCUAUAAAGAGAACGGCGAGUCAGCGUUUCUCACAUUUAUACGUCCGAGCGUUCGUUUAAAUGGGUGCAUGAGAUUUCACAAUGGAUAAGGGCCACACGGUUAAGCUUUUCGUGGGGAAUCUGGCCCUGGAUACCACGCAAGAAGAACUGUCAGCCAUCUUUGAGUCAUACGGCCAGGUUGUUAGCUGUAGCGUUUUGAGGCAGUUUGCCUUCGUACACCUGCAAGGAGAGGGCGCUGCUGAACGUGCCAUCCGGGAGCUCAAUGGCCGAGAGUUUAAAGGUCGUAACCUCGUGGUCGAAGAGUCCCGAGGACGCCCACUCCACUCGACGAAGGUGUUUGUGGGUAAUCUGAGUAGUAUGUGCACCACAGAAGACCUCCAGGAGCUGUUUCAGACCUUUGGGAAAGUUUUGGAGUGCGAUAAGGUGAAAGGUUAUGCUUUUGUACACAUGGAGAACAAGGAGGAUGCGCUGCAGGCUAUUGAGGCGUUGCAUGGGACUUCUUUCAAAGGACGACCACUAUCCGUGGAGCUGUCCAAAGUUCAGCCAAGUAAGCAGGCUCCAACUGGGAAAAUCCCGUGUGUGAGCUGCGGAAAACAGGGUCACUAUGCAGGUGAAUGCCCAGCUGGUAAGCCCACCCUGGAGCAGUACCAGAGCCAAGCGGCCGUGUUAGCCGCUGCCGCUGCUGCAGCUGCCGGCCUUCCGCUGCAGGUUCAACAGAGUGUCCACAAUUCCGUAUACAACACCUCAACUUUUGACCCCACCUAUGCUGCUUUGACUGGACUUACAGCUGCUGGUGCAAGGGCGGAAGGUGGAACAGCGGUAGCACCAGCGGUCUAUGGAGCACUAGCUAGUCAAGUGUAUGGAACGGUUGCCAAUCAGCUCUACAGUGGGACAGUCGCAAGUCAGGCACUGAACAACAGUGCUGCUGCAGCUGCCGCACAAAUGUAUGGCUCUGUUAACCCAGCUCUCUAUGGGCAGAUGACAAGUGGCGCAGUCGCAGCCGCCGCAGCUGCCGCUGCUGCCUAUGGUCCACAGGUUUACACGCCCGCUGUAGCAAAUCCAGUGUUCCUAGCUGCAGCGCCGAGCAUGGAGGUACCGGCAGGUACUGCUGUUAACCCAGCUUAUACGGUAGCACCGGCUCUCUACAGCGCUACCCCAGCUUACGGGGCUCUAGGGGCAGCUGACACAGCAGCUUUCUUUGAGGCAGCAAGGGCGCACUACUUUGCACAAGGACAGCAAGUGCUAGCUGAACAGCAACAGGCUAGCUCAAAGUCUGGAGAGAGGGACCGGAGUCCACUAAGAAGAUCUGCCCCACUACUGCCAGACCCUGUUAUGAAACCAUUUAUGUACCAGAGGGCCAAGCGCAGAGCCUUGUUACCCACACCUGCAGGUCGAGAGGAAGCCGCUGCACAGGAGGACGACCCUGUAGCCAGAUACUACGCGGAAUAUUACCAGCAGUACCAGCAGCUGCAGCAAUAUCCACAGUACCAGUAUGCGUACCCACCUCCCAACCACCUUGCAGCGAUGUCCGCACUGCAGACUCUGCCUGGUGUCCCCACUCAGCAGGUGGCAACGCUCGACUCCCUCAGGCCAGUGCUGCCCGCCGCCCCCGUGCCUGCCGCUGCUGCCAUCGCCAUGGCAACACCUCGCGUGUAUGAGCCACCGCCGAUUCCGCCGUCGCACAAGGAGCCCCUCCUCCGCCGCCCCGAACUCGCCCUACACACCCCUGAAACACCCUUCCGAUAGUGUGCUCCACGUCCUCUCUGCCUCUCCUUUCCUUGUGCUGCGUGUGUGUGUGUGUCAGAAAGAAACCACAGGUGUAUGUUUGACGUGUGUGCGCUUGGGUUGAAGACGGUGGCUGUGUCAGUUUUAACUAUAGACUGGAGUCUCUAACCUUGGUUCUGAUCUCACACACACCCAGUGUAGUCAGGGCUGAAAAGGGAAACCGCAUGCUUUCAUUCCUGCACACUUAACCAAUAUAACACAUUGUCUCUUUAAAGAAACCUUCAAUCUAUAGCCAAUUAGUUUUGAGGGGUAGAUUAGGCACUAGCCAUGAUGCUUUUUAACUUUUAUAUUCUUAAGUGUUUGUAGUCUAUGAAUGAAUACUGGACUUGAUCUUUUUAAAUAUUGCUUGAUUAUAGUUAUAUGAACUUUAACAGUUUACACAUUCAUUUUGUUAUUAAGAUAUUAGAUUUCAGUGCAUUUAAAUACGUUGAAUGUAUGUUUACUCCAAAGGUGUGUGAAGUGUAGGACCAGGGUUGGAAAGUAUUUUUCACGUCUUUGUGUGUUUCUUGUUUUUCUCUGGGACUGGUAUAGUGUGUAUGCUUUCCAUUGGUUGACACGACAGGAGGGAAGCGACCUCGAUCCUCACGCACAUACAUACGCAUCCCUUACACCUCAGAUGGGAGAAACUUUAGUGAUGACCUAUAACCCCACCCUUCCAUCCCUGUCCACCCAUCCUGAAAGCUGAAAGACACUGUGACUUCUCUCCCCACCAACUUUAAUGUAGCUACUUCCAUAGAUAUGGUGAUGUAUGGGCAACCAAUCAGAGGAAGGUUUAGCUAGUCAGCUUUUGCUGGGAUCUGUCUUAUGGGAGCGUCUCUAUGCUCGCCAACUUAACUGCCAUGAUGCAAUGUAGAAUCUGUUUUUGUAAGUGUCUUUUAUUAUUGCUAUCAUGUUUUUAUAAACAGUGAUAAGGGAUUCACGUAUCAUUUUAAAGAGACAUACUCUUUUUAAUUUUUAACUUUUGUUUACAGCUAUAAGAGAGACACAAUGUUCUUUCUUGUGGCUUUUUCACAAUGAUUGUUAAUAGCCAAAAUUCUCAUUUUUCUAGAAAAACAGCCAAAAUCAUAAGUAGCCUAUGAUUCUUAUGCCUUAGUAGAGAAAUGUAUUCAAGUUUGCUAUUUUUUUAUCUGUAGUCUUAUAAUGUGAAACUGGAUUAAGGCUACACGAAAGUGCUGUAUCUUCUGUGGUGCUGUGAUUUGGGAUUAAAUGAAUUGGGAGAUUCCUAUCAGUUUCUUUCAGUCUUCCUGCUCAUUUCGCUGCUGCAACUCCAUAGAUGACCCUCACUGCAUCUCUCUCCAUCUCUCUUUGCAUCUGCCUCUCAUUUAGUGACAGUAUUUCAUUUGUUUACCAUGCCCCUGUUUGCACCUUCGUGCUGAGGAUGCCAGUGUGUGAAUGUGAUCUUAGAAAACGUUUUGCAUCGACAUUCAUGUCUGUAGUAUCUAUCACAGUAAUUGUUUUUUGCCGCAAGUGUUCUCAGAAGAGAAGACUUAAAGAUCUGUACAUGAUCUUUACUGACUAUAAUAAGCCUUCAAAUAAAGAGCCUGCCUGAUCAUUUACAGAGGAAACUCAAGAGCUUUUGCUUGGAGCUUUAGCUAUUCUUGCCUUUUGAUGUUUCAUGAUUGUUUUUCCUUUGUGAAACGACCAGACUCGUAUGAAUCGGAGCCCCGAAAAGAAGCUAAAGGACUAGAGACUGAUCCCAAUCUCACCCCUGUCACUAUGGAUGGGGUAAGUCUGGGGGCAACCCCACUCUAUACCCCCCCCCAGCUGCACACACCAUACCAAACCCCUUCCCCAGGAGCAGCAAAAUCUUCAGCCAAGCUUUUGGUACUUUUUAACCACCCAUAGUCCCCAUGCAGCUUCUUUAACAGUGUGGUACAAAGAUGACUAUGCUUUUAUGAGGCAAGCAUAUUGUAAAACAUUUUCACGUGUGAGUGUCAGGAGGCACCCACAUUGUAAAACCAUUUUACAAUUCCUUUUCUGAUAUUUUUACGUGACGAGGCUGCAAAUGUAAAUUCAAGAUAUCUCCCACAAGGCUUCGCUCGCAUCUGCUUCCAUUGUGCAUGUUUCUUUUUGUUUUCUUGUUUCACCCCCCAAAAUCAAACGCUUUCUGAUGUGACUGUUCCAACUAAACUAGGUCCCUACGGAACUGUGGACACCAUAAGCAGUGCUGGUAUGGGGGGAAGAAAGUUAGCGUCGCGCAAUGAACGGGAAGGUCUCUCUGACUCCAUUCAGGUAAACGCACUGCGCCUCGCCCCCCUUUCAACCUGUCGUCCUCCCUGAUAGCGUUUGCGCCUGACCGUGUAUCCGCUGUAUUUCUCCUCACCACCACCCCACCCCUCUUGUAGAUUCCUCACCUCUCGUCACCAUUGCUGUAGCUAAUGGGGUUCUCUAAACACCAGUGUUAUGCUACUAUCUGUCACUGCCAAAAGGGGUGGCGGCGGGGGUGACCAUUUACUGCUUCUGUGGUUAGUGUGUCUCGGUAAUGGGUUGGUGCUUGGUGCUCUAAUAAUUGAUCUGUUGGUUUAGCUUUGGAGAGAAUGUGGUGAUAGUGUGUCCGAAAGCGGUUGAAUGAAUGGAAUUAUUUGUCACUGCAUAAAAGACUGCUUUAAAUAAGGGUUAAAACAAGUUAGCAGGGGUGGCUGAUAAAGGUGUGUGACAAAGGUGAGUGCUUGCUAGUCAAACUAUUUGUAGGCUUGGCAGAUGUGGACCUUGCUCAAGAGUUCCUCCAGUAUCGUCAACCUCACGUGGCCCUCAUUCCAUGUGCCUUUUUAGUUUGUUUAUUUGAUUUAACCCCUGCCCCCCAGGCUUCCUCGAGUCUACUCGCCGUUAACGCCCAACUCACCGCCGCCCUCGCCGCAUCCCCAGUGCUAAUUGUUACGUUUGUUCAGUGUUAACCACUGCUUGAACGCAUCCCCAAAAGCUCUUUGACUAGACACGAGGCACUGGCCAAAUUUUUUUUUUUUUGCAAGACUCUCAUUUGGACUCAGUGACACUGGUAUCCCUUAUCUUGGAGGGCAGUGCUUGAGUGCUUGAUAAAUUGCUGAGCCAAAACCCAGCAAAUCAUUCUUAUUAUAAAUCUCUGCUUUUACCUCCUAGAUUGACAGUAGGCAAAGUCAUCCCAAAUAGUUAGGGUUUACCCAAUUUUUUUUUGUCAGAUUAAAAGACAUGGUAAUCUUAAAGCUACAUUGUGUUACCUGUUCAAAUGAGAGUCUGAUAUUAUGAUGUUUGUUUGAAAUAGCUGAAUGUACGAUAAGUAGGUAGCACAGAUUUAGAUUACAUACCUGGUAGAGGAAUGUCCUAUAAAAAACAAAAACACUGCUGAACCUAAGCUGCCUGAGCGUUACUUGCGGGACCUUUCCUCCAGAGGGAGCAUGAUAGUGAAGUGUGGUUUAUCUCACUAGAAGGUGCUGUUGUUCUUGAUUUUACAGCCACAUGAGAUGAUGAUUUUUCUUUCCUAUACUAAAACAUGCCAAGACAUGUAUUGUCUUGGCAUGCAUUGUCACAUACAUCUGCAUUGCUUUUUGUGUGUCUGUGGAAGCAAGUCCAUAGUGGCCGUUUACCUUUGCCUGUAGAAAUGAGGGAAUAAGACUAGAUUAUCUCAAUUUUAGAUCUUAUCCUGGAGGGUGAGGAACUGUCCAUUACCUGAAAUAAGAUAUCUGUUAUUCGGAGACAGAGGAACCAUGGUACUCUCAAUGUCAGUGGUAUGAAGGUCUUUGACAUGCAGAUAUUUGUGAUUGACAGAUUUCUGUGAUAUCUGUGGCAUUCGUUAAUAAUAACAGAUGUCUGUGGCAGAUAGAUAUCAACGGUGUUUGAGAGGAACCUUCCAUUCAGGAUCUCAGUUCUGUAAUAUCAAAUGAAUCCCUCACCUUCUCCAACAUACACUUUCUGCUUAAAUCUCUUUGAAUCUAAAUGGUAUACGCUCCACAAUUUCCAUGGAUAACAGAAUGCUCUCUCUGACUACUUCCUCCCUAGAUAUCGUCACCCUUCUUGCACAAACUGGACAAUAACAAUAACACAAUUUCUAGGGGUUGUGUCCUAUUUAUAUUUAGAAAGCUCCGCUCAAGUAUUUUCUUUUGUUUUUUUCCUUUUUAUUUUUUUCAGGGAUCUUUUUUUUAAUCCCUUUAUAAGGAUACCCCUACUGAGUGUAAUGGAAACUCCAGUACUCAUUUUUAUAACUCAUGUACGAAACAAGAAUAAUUUCUUUUGCAGGUGAUAGAAUAUGAGCUGGUCGUAAUGUUUUUAUCACCUUCUAAUGAAUAUAUGCAUGAUUUGUUAUUGUGUGUAUAUUGCAAAAAAACCUUGCGGUAAAAUGUACUCUCCUACACCAGCUUCUGCAUGAACACUGAUUGGCAUCGCAUGCUUACUGCAAUAAACUAGUACUAUGACAGCA